UCAAAAUUAUAGAAGUUUGAAACUAACGAUACCACGUGUUAUAACUUAAUGUUAGUCAUAUUCUAAGAAAGUAAUACUAAUAUGAGUAGUACUACUACUAGUGUCAUUACAAUUUACAGCCAGGUAUAUGCCAUAUAUAUGUAUAUAUAUAUAUAUAUAUAUGCGUACUUAAUAUAUAAAUAAUAAAACGAUAGGCCUAAUACUGAUAUUGUAACUCCACGUUAAUAUAGAAGUUAAGUAAUUAGUCUUCUCAAAUUCCAAGAUUUUAUGCUGAUUUUGGUUUGUCACUGUUAAUGAAAGUUGUAGAAUCAAACUCCAAGUUGAACUGAUGUUUACUUCCCACGCAAAUUAUAGAUUUUCAAAAUAAAAAUGGCUAGAGGACAUCAGAAGAUCCAGUCUCAGCAGAAGAACCAAAAGAGACAACAAGAAAUUAAGAAACAGCAAGGUCAUGAUCAAAAGACAGCAGCUCAAAAAGCCUUGAUACAUACCUGUACAGUUUGUAAGGCUCGGAUGCCAGAUCCCAAAACUUAUAAGCAACAUUUUGAAAAUAAACAUCCCAAAACUCCUCUUCCUGAUGACCUGAAAGACAUUGACCAAUAAGAAAAGGUGAAAAGAGAAGAAUGCAGCUGUUUUAUUGUGAUGGCCAGUUAUGGAAGAGAAAGAUCCUUAUGAUGCAGUGUGUCUUUUCAUUUAAUCUUAACUUGGACUUUUCUAAUGUUGAAAUUCCCAAUGGUUUGAUGAAUUGCGGGUUUUUUUGACACAACUAAGAUUUUAGAAUCUGUUUUGUAAAUCUUGUGCUCUUGUAUCAUAUUAUACACUUUAUUAAAUAAAUUUAAUAUUUAGUAUGUCAAGUAUUUCAAAUAGAAUUAACAACUGUCAAAAAUUAUUGACUUCACAUAAACUGUAUCUGUUUAUAUUUUAUUUUUUGUUCUUUUGGCAAGACUGCUUUGGAAAUGAGACUACGCAACAAUCAUGUGGAAAUGGGCUAUGAACAGUUUGGUAAUUACUUAGUGUUGAUUUGGUACUGUUUUAACAAACUAACCACUUAGUAAACUCCAUUUAGCUAUUUUUGCAAAAAAAAAAA